UUCUGUUGACACGUGCUCAGGGCGUAGUGUUGAGAGAGUAACUUGCUCGAGUAAUAACUUUGUCUUAUUUCGUGUGAUUUGAAGGGUGUUCUUGAGUCAUGGCCACCGGGGCAGAGGCUAAGAAGGUCCUUUUCAUAUGUCUAGGGAACAUCUGCCGCUCUCCUACUGCAGAGGCUGUAUUAAACCAUGUCCUGAAGCAGCGAGGGUAUGAGGGCUGGGAGGUUGACUCAGGUGCCAUAGGCUCAUGGCAUGUAGGUCUUGGACCAGACCGUCGUGCUGUCAACGUUAUGAAAAGACACAAUAUACCCAUGGACCACAAGGCUAGGCAGUUAACCAAAGAAGAUUUUAACCAGUUUGACUAUAUAUUUGGGAUGGACCAUGAGAACAUCUCAGACAUCAAGGCUCGUGCUCCAAAAACCUACACAGCGAAGAUUGAACUUUUUGGUGCCUAUGAUCCAAAGAAGGAAUUGCUUAUUAGAGACCCAUACUAUGAUGAUGAUGAUAAGGGCUUUGAAAAGUGCUACGAGCAGUGCCUCCGAUGCAGUGAAGGAUUCCUGGAUUCACUGAAGUAAAGUGGUUUUGUGCAAGGAAAUACUGUUGACUUCAGUACAUUACAGUCAAGAAUGUGGAAGACAAACAUUGUUAAAUGAAUCUUUCAGUAGCAGAGAGAUAAUACAGAGCUGGAUUAUAGUUCAUGUUAACUUGUAGGUAUCAUAAUUCAUUUAUCAGUUUCUGGUAACAGUGAAGUCUGAGCCUCAUAUUAUGCAGCUGAGAUAUUAGUUUGGAUUGCAGGUUGUAAAGUAUGCAACUUGGUAAAAUCAGUCAUUGGCAAACAGCUUUUUCUCCCUUUUCCUUUUUUCGUUGGUAGUUACAUAAAGGAGAGAUAGAUUUUUUAAAUAGAUGUAAUUAAACAUUCCAAAUUCUGUUAAGUUGUGUAUCCACACUUUAGAACUGUAAAAAAUAAUGAUAUUAUUUUGAAGACUUCCCAUGUAUGUCCAUUGUUGCAUUAAUAAAACUGUUACAGUUAAA